AGAGUAAACGUUAUCGCUCGGUUCACAAUGAGCGGACUUCAUCCGCAACGGCAAACAAAUGUCGGUUCCAUACUACUGACGCCUCAAGAGAACGACUACCUUUUUAACCACCUUGGCAGGAAAUGCAUCACGUUGUCCUCGGCGGUGGUCCAGGUCUUCCUGGCAGACCGGAACGCCACCUGGUCCAAGAGAUGUUGCGGCGUGGCCUGUCUGAUCAAGGACAACCCGCAGCGGUCUUACUUCAUCCGAGUCUUUGACAUCAAGGACGGUAAGAUGCUGUUCGAACAGGAGCUGUACAACAACUUUAGCAUAAAUCCCUCCAGACCAUUCUUCAUCUCGUUUGCUGGAGACGUGAGUUGACAGUUUUUUUGUUUU